CCAACUACCAUCGCCACAACUGCGAGCUUUCCACUACUUCCCACCACCACACUCAUUAUCCAACAAACGAAAAAAGGAAAGCACAAGUCAGAAUGUCAACCGAAACGACAACUACCCGUCUGGCCACUCUAAAAGCGCAAGCCGCAAAAUCCUACGCUCAGAAGGACUACUCCGCUGCCUCUGACUCUUACGCGCAAGCAUGUGAACUCCAGUCUAGUAUCAAUGGGGACGAUAACCCACAGAACGCGCACCUACUGUACUUGUACGGACGUUCGCUGUUCCAGGUUGCGUUGACCAAGAGCGAUGUUUUGGGUGGGAAACCUGUGGAAGAGCAAGACGAGAAAGAGAAGAAGGGUGGAAUAGCCAAGGGUAAGGGGAAGGAUGUUAGUGAAGCUGGGGGGGAGGGAAAUGAUGAGAAGCUAAAAGCUCCGGCACCUGUAGUUGGUGCUAAGGGGGGGUUCUUUUCGUUUACGGGAGAUGAGAAUUGGGAUGAUUCUGAGGAGGAGGGUGAGGAUGCAGAUGCUGGGGGGGAUGGGGACGUGGAGAAAGAAGGCGAUGAUGACUUUACACUCGCUUGGGAGAUCUUGGACUUUGCGAGGGUGUUGUUUUUGAAGCAGCUCGGGUCUUCUAAAACCGCUGAUGACCAGACCACCGGCACCAACGAAGUCGAACCCAUCGUUCAGGAAACUACAACCGACACCUCCAAUGAUCCAAUAACCUCAAUUCCCAACCCUGACUCCGCACUCCCUGCCGCCUCCAGCGCCUCUACUUCCACUGAAACUAAACCCGACUUCAAGACCCUCAAAACCGCCCUGGCAGACACCUACGACCUCCUCGGCGAAGUCUCCCUAGAAUCCGAGUCCUUCCCGCAAGCCACAAAGGACCUUCGCUCCUCUUUAGAGCUGAAACUUAAAUUAUACCCCCCCUCAUCAACCCUAAUUUCCGAAGCACACUUCAAACUCUCCCUCGCCCUAGAAUUCGCUGCCGCAGGCGAGGGUGUUACUAACGACGACCGCCGCAAAGGGCGUGAAGAAGCGGCAGUGCAAAUGGAGCUCGCGAUAGCAAGCUGCCGCGCUAGGAUUACUAAGGAGGAAGCAGAAUUGAAAGAGCUUGGCACAGACGGAGAUAAAGAUGGCAAGGCAAAGAAGAGCCUUGAGGAAGCAAGGGAGAUGGUGGGAGAGUUGGAAGUCAGGCUUGCCGAUCUACGCUCGGCUACACCAUCGCCCACCCUAGCAGAUGCUCAAGACGAUGACCAACUCCGUGGAAUCCUCGGCCAAGUCCUUGGUGAAGAUCCUGAAGAAGCGAGGAAAAGGAUUGCAGAGGUUGUUGGGCGUGCGAACGAUCUCUCGGGGCUGGUUCGGAAGAAGCCUGCCUCCGCGUCUGCGGAGCCGGCGCCUGCUACGGCGGGGGCGAGUACGGUCAUUGUGCCAAUUAACGGUGGGAAGAGGAAGUUGGAAGAUGUAGUCGAGGAGGAACCCGUCGAAGAACUUGAAAUACCAAAGAAGGUGAAGUUGCAGGAUGAGGCUAAGCCUGAAGCUGAGGCGGAAGAGAAGGUUGAAGGUGAGGGCGAUGUGAAGCCUUAGUCUGAAAAGUCCCUUUGCCUUGUAGUUUUAGUUUUACGGGUGGGUGGAUACGGUUUUUAUACUCUUUUUUAACUUUUUCUUCUUUCUUUUUCUUUGGUUUACCCUUUCCCAAGGCUACCGGUAUUCACAUUGCUUCCGUGUGUUCGAGGUUGUGUGGGUGGGGUUAAUUCGCUGGACUGGGGGAUUGGAAGUGAGGGAGCGAAAAACGUGUCUUGCUGGAUGGGAUGUACGUUAGGCUUUUCGAUAGUGGAACCUGGGUUAGUGCCGUG